AUGUCGGCUUUAUUAGGCGCCGGGUACGAUUCAAGCGACGAUGACUCCGUACCCAAGACCUCAGCAACACCCGCCACCAAAAUUGUGGCCGCGCCAGAAGUGAAUACAGAGGAUCAAGCACACAUGCAAAUGACCCUAGCCAACACCUCGUCGCAAGCCCUCACCUACAAUGCCACCUACGAUGAUAUGAUACGACCGGCCCAAGGCCCGAUCAACCCAUUCAAGCCCGCCGGUCCAGGCAACGGAAUCAAGCGCAAGAAUGUCCCGACCGGAUUCGCCGAAGAGGCCGCCAUCAGCGAGUCGACUUUCUCCGCGCAACACCGUACUUUCCAGAGCUUGGGCUAUACGCGCAACCCGACCCUGCCGGAUCAGUUUGUCGGGAAUAUGGAGAAUGUCGCCCAAUUUGGCGGUCGCGAUGUCGUGCAGAUGAAGCCUACGAAAGAGAAGUCUGCCUCGUGGCGCGCGAAGCGCCAACGGAAGGGCGAUUCGAGUAUCGUCGAAGGUGACGGGGCGUAUCUGGGCCCCUGGGCGAAAUAUCAGAAUGAUCAGCAGUAUGAUCAGUAUGAGGUUGGCGAGGGGGAUGAUCAUGUUUUGGCUAGUGAUGAGGAGUUUGUUGAGGAAGAUGAGACUCUGGCUACCGAUGCGCCCAUGCCGGCCAUGAGCAAGGAAGCUACCGAUUACCAGGGCGAUACUUCGAGGGUGGAAACGUCCGAAUUCCACGGCUCCGAGCAGUUCGAUUACCAGGGUCGGACUUAUAUGCAUGUCCCCCAGGACUUGGAUGUCGACUUGCGCAAAGAGGUCGGCAGUAUCAAGAAUUAUGUCCCGAAGAAACUGGUUCAUACUUGGAAGUCGCAUACCAAGCCUAUCACUUCACUUCGUUUCUUCCCCAACUCCGGUCACUUGUUGCUCUCCUCGGCUGCUGAUGGAAAGGCUAAGAUCUGGGAUGUUUACCACCAGCGUGAACUGCUCCGCACUUUCUCAGGUCAUAAUAAGGCUAUCACUGAUACGGAUUUCCAUCCUACUGGAAAGACUUUCUUGACCGGUUCAUUCGAUCGCAACAUCAAGCUCUGGGAUACAGAGUACGGCAAGUGUAUUGGUCGAUUUUCCACGGGUAAGACACCGCACGUCGUACGCUUCAACCCGAGCGCCGAGCACUCGCACGAAUUCCUGGCUGGUAUGUCGGAUAAAAAGAUUGUUCAGUUCGAUACGCGGUCCGGAGAGCUGGUCCAGGAAUACGAUCACCAUCUGGCAGCUGUCAAUACUAUCACUUUUGUCGACGAUAACCGUCGCUUCAUCACUACCUCCGACGACAAGUCCCUGCGUGCUUGGGAAUACGGCAUCCCCGUUCCGAUCAAGUUCAUUGCCGAGCCUUAUAUGUUCGCUCUCACACGUGCGACGCCGCACCCGAAUGGAAAAUAUGUUGCCUUCCAGUCCGGCGAUAAUCAGAUUGUCGUUUACGGUGCUACCGAUAAGUUCCGCCAGAAUCGCAAGAAGAGCUUCCGUGGGCACAACACUUCCGGCUACGGUAUUGAUCUGAAGAUCUCGCCUGAUGGUCAAUUCAUUGUUUCGGGUGACAGUGCUGGAUUUGCUUGCUUCUGGGACUGGAAGACUGGUAAGAUGUACCAUAAGAUCCAGGCUGGUGGGAAAGAAGGCGGUGCUGUUACUUGUUUGGAUUGGCACCCGCAAGAGACGAGUAAGGUUGUUACUGGUGGGUUGGAGGGUGUUAUCAAAUACUGGGAUUAG